AAAAAAAAAAAAAUCCUGCGCUUCUCUCCCAAAGCCGGGCGCUUCGAUCCGGCUUCCUCCUUUUCCCAGUCUUGACCCCGCCUCUCCUGCUCCACGCGCGCGCGUACGGCUCUAGAGCGCGAGCCGGGGCUAUGGCGUUGUCGACAGCGGGUUAUAGGCAGUACUUGCUGCUACUAGCGCAGCAGAACGUAGAAUUCCGGUUGCCGGAAAUAAAGUCUUUGCUCUCCCUCUGUGAUGGAAGGUUUAGCAGUUCACAAGAACUGAGAUUAAAGAGCCCGUUUUGGAUUCUUGACUUGCCUUCUGAAGAGAUAGCUAGAAGACUAAUGAAACGAACAGUAUGUGCAAAAUCAAUAUUUGAGCUCUGGGGUCAUGGAAAAUCUGUAGAAGAACUGCAUUCUUCACUGAAGAAUUAUCCAGUAGAGAAAAUGGCUCCAUAUUUACAGUCCAAUUUCACCUACAAAGUAAUAGUCCAUGCUUUCAACAAAACGGUAACACAAGCAGAGAAGAUUCAAAGAAUAGAUUCUUUGCAGUUUUUACCAUUUAAAGGACGUGUAGAUUUGAAUAAUCCAGACCAUACAUUUUGGUUUCUAGAAGAUCACGGACUUUAUCUGGGCAACACUACCAAACAGCCUAUUGGCUUGUACUUUGGGAGAUGGAUUGCCAAUGGACAAAGGGACCUUAUUGAAUCCUACAGUGUUAAAAAAAGGCAUUUUAUUGGGAACACAAGCAUGCAUUCCGGCUUGGCUUUUAUCAUGGCAAACCAUGGAAAAGUAAAACCAAACAAUAUUGUGUUUGAUCCUUUUGUGGGAACAGGUGGACUUCUUAUAGCUUCUGCGCACUUUGGAGCAUAUGUCUGUGGCACAGAUAUAGAUUAUAAUAUAGUACAUGGGUUGGGCAAAGCUAGUAGAAAGAAUCAAAAGUGGAGAGGACCUGAUGAAAAUAUCAGAGCCAACCUUCGCCAGUAUGGUUUGGAGAAAUAUUAUCUUGACAUAUUUGUUUCUGAUGCAUCAAAACCCAUAUGGAGGAAGGGAGUGCAGUUUGAUGCAAUCAUUACAGACCCACCAUAUGGCAUUCGGGAAGCCACGAGAAAAAUUGGUUCACAGCGGGAAACACCAAAUAUGAUUGAAAAAAGCACUGAAAAUUACAACCUAGUUUCUUCAAAUUAUCAGCUGAGUGACAUAAUCUUUGACCUGUUAAAAUUUGCGGCAGAGUAUUUGGUCCUUGGAGGAAGAUUGGUCUACUGGUUACCUGUGUACAAACCAGAAUAUACAGAAGAGAUUAUACCUCAGCACCCUUGCCUGAAACUCGUUAGCAACUGUGAGCAGACGCUUUCCAACCACACAUCAAGAUACCUGAUAACCAUGGAAAAGGUGAAAGAAUUUGAGGAGGACGACUGUAAUUCUCAAAUAUUGGAUAGCCAGUAUCUGCAGUACAAAUGUCAUGAUUCCUUUCGUGAGAAAUAUUUCAGUGGAGUGACAAAGAGGAUUGCCAAGGGAAAAAAAGACAGCCAACAGUAAUCUGUUUGGAAAGGAAAAAAUGAAAGCAAGGAACGCAGAAGGCUUGUAUUUGGCUAUUAAAACAUCUGGACCUCUACAUUAUGUAGAAGCUUCAGAGAACAAAUACUGUUUUUAAUUUUUUUUUAAAACUCAAAGCAAAAACCACAACAUAAGUGAAGGACAGUUCUUUUUCAUUAACUUUGUUUAUACCAAAUUAUUGCACAAUAUUUUUUUUGACCUUUAUUUAAUUUAUUUUAGGACUUCAAGUUCUAAUAAUAAUUGAUUACAACCUUUAUCACUAUUAGCCUUUCAGUCUAUUACCUCUAGCAAAAAUGAAGACUAUUGUUUCGCUUUUGUAGCAGUGAACAUCUGGAAGUCUUAAGAAAAAUACAAUGGUAUUUUGGUUUUCGUUUUUUUUUAUUGCUGUAAAGAUCUAUUUCAUUUUCCUUUAUUCUUUUGUAACUGCCAUACAAUAAAUUCAGAAAAGUUUGUUCUGGAUUUUAAAAUUAUAUUGUCUGUUGCAGCAAUUAUCAUUUCUUACCGCCAUUUCUCGAACCAAUACGCCCUCAUCCUUCCUGCCAAGGAUCCAGUGUGGUAUUACGCAUCUGAAACUCAUCUGUAUCUCGGAUCUACUAUCACAGCCCUGAUGUUGCUGCUUUUGGUGUAUUUGGCCAAAUCGAAAACUUAGAGCAGUGUUGACACUUCGCUUUUGUAAAAGAAUAGGCUCUUCAGAGCUAGCUUUGUCUCUCAGCAGAACUCUUGACAAGGUGUGGACAAAAAGCUCACAAUACCUCAGAAGGCCUGAGAUAAUUUUUUCACCAAAUUCACUGCCAGUGUCUAAGAAUGGCAAAUGAAGAAUGAAGUCCCUGCACAUAUGCAGAGCAGAUUAAUUUCAAAGUUUCUUUUUUAUUUGUUCUUCAGAAAAUAAUUCCCCUCCAUGAUGAGUGAUACUGUUUGCUAAAGGUGAGAGGUAAAACUAUAUUGCAUUUCUGACUGAUUGAAUUGUCUGUCAUGAAAGCCAAUAUUUUGUUUUCAACUUGAUAUUGAAUUACAGAAAGAGGAGAAUAUUUGUAGCUCAGGGUUGAAAUGAGGAGCCUGAGUGCUCUCUAAGCUUGAAAAAAAAGCAUUCAAGAAUUGAAUAUAUAUGACAUAUAUAAUAAAUAGUUGGAAUAAUGUAAUUUAUGAAAAGUGACUUAUUUUUAAUUAUUGAAAUACCAAAUAAAAUGUUUAAAUAAAUAAUUCAAUUCAAAAUUGUUACACUCUACUUCUUCUGGAAGCCGAGUAGGAUAGAAAGAUAAUACUUCCUUUUUUCACAUUUCUAGCUUGACAUUCUUAAAAUAUUGUGUGGUUAUGAUAGACUUCCACACUUGUCAGAACCCCUCAACAUUGAGGUGGUUAAUAGAAUGUCUAGCAACUUACAGCUGGUGUAAAUUAUUUGAUUAUAAGAUGGAGAUUAACUCCCAUCUAUCCGUCUGUCCUGAACCUCAAAAGGAUAUAGACAGGUAAAAGAAUCUUACCAGUUUUUCUCAACAAGUACUGCAUAUGGCAUCUGCAGAAUAGAAGACACAUGUAAUAAAAUCAUUUCUUUGUGUUUUAAUAGGCUUCUCUAAAAUGGUAAGCUUCAGAGGUUCUCAUUAGAGCAGAACACACACAGAAGUCAUUGUACUCAAAUCCCUUCCUGUCUAGCAAAGGCGUUCAAUUCCAUUCUUCCAGUGUCCUCCCAAAUUGAACUUAACUAGCCAGGAAAAAGUUUGCUUAGAAGCUGUUCUUUGGUAGUCUUCUGAAGAGAAGGAUUGCCUAUGUGAAUAGAAGGCAAGUAGAAUAGCAAGUUUUUUCCCCAGAAUCAAUCCAGUGCCAGAUUUCUGAGUAGAUAAUAAACAAAAAGUGUUAAUUUUUUUUUUAAUUUGGAUCUGCUCAAACAUUGCCUGAUUAAUUUCAUCACUUUUUCCUCCUGAGGUUCAGUUUCCAUUUUGACUUUGCUGCAAACAGAAGAUGAAGUUGAGGUUCUAUCUUAGUGCCUGAAGGCUGUUAACGUCUGGAUGCAGAGGGGCAGGCUCAGAACCAAUCUUAGCAAGAUCAAGUGCUGGUGUGCCACAGGAAGGUGAGCUAGCUUCGCACCACAAAGUAAUAUGAGUGACUUCCUGCAGCAUCAUCCAAGGCCCCCUUCCCUCCACCGGAGAGCCACCUUGCAAACAUACAUCAAAACCAGGAAGGUUCAGAGCCAACAGGAAUCUGACUGCUUGCAUGAAGCACCAGCUCAUCACCCCACCAAAGAGGGCUUCCCUGGAAAAUCAAUCAGAAAUUUCAGCUGGUCUAGAAUGUAGCAGUUUGGAUUCAGUGUCAUUUGCCGAUGUAACAUCUUCAAUUGAAGAGCCUCUUCUCCACAUUGGUUAUUAUAAAGCUUCUGGGUGCAAUCCAAGGCAUUGUUUGUCACCUCUUAAAUCCUCCGUAGCUUAGAACCUUUUGGAGCCACUUACUCCAAAUGAAAAGUUCUUGUCCAGUAAAAAUAAAGAAAAUGGCCUUUUAAAUUAGUAGUAUGUUUUAAACUGUAUCUGAUAUUAUGAGCAUAAUUUAUUGUAGGGUGGGGGGUGGGGUUGAUGCUCAAAUAAAACUGAAUUCCGAGAUGGCUUGUCUGGAUUUGUCAUCAACACUUGGAACAAGUAAAGUUGCUAGACAAUUUGGAUAUGCAUGGAUAUUUGCUUAUCUUCAACAAAGUAGAUCAUUCCUAGUCAGAUAUAAUGGCGUGAAGAUUUAGGUGGAGGUGGAAAAUUAAGAAAAGCUAUUUCUCUGAUUCUGUCCAUGAAUGGAACGUAUUUUACAGCUGCUUAUUCAGGUAAAUUACAUAGUUUUCAGAUUCAGGAGUUUUAUUUUCCAUUUAUGAUUAAAUUUCCUUACCCAGGAAUGAAAAUACUUUUCACUAAGAAAAAUAUAAACCUUUCUGUUGGUAAGGCAUUCAAAAAUAACAGAAGAAGAUGCUUGUGAUAAAUUCUUUUGCAGUUUGAAUUGUUUGAAAUGCCAGAUCUACUUUUGAUUUAAGUCUUAUGUGGUUCAAUUUUAAUUUUCCUAAACUGCAGGAAAAUAUUUAAGAAGUCACCUUUUUUUU